AUGGUUGAACAGUGAUUGGCGGUCUUGUAUACAUCCCGAAGGCGCACUGUAUUUAUACAAUAUGAGUCGAGUAAGCAUCCAAUCAUGAGGGAAAUACAGGUAUCUCAUGGUCCAUUGAACAUAUUGUGUUCCCAGAAAACGUUCACUGAAGCCAUCACGGACGAAACUACGUUCGACUUACUUGGCAGAUGCGUGGAUGGGCUAUACGACAUGGCACGCGCGAAAUUGGCGAGCCUCGAAGCCGAUGACAUUGAGCUCGUCGUGCAAUUAUGGCCGAUUGAAGGCGAAAUGACCUGUCAUUACUACUUCGUCGACCACGCAGCUAGAAUUCUCUUUUGGCUGCACGAUAGCCCUGAAGCAACAACGAAAAUUUUCAGCGGGCUUCGGGGCGUCGAUAAUCUGAGCCAUAUCCGUGCGUUAUGUUGAACUUUACUCAACCUAAUAUGAACUUGGCAAACAGGAUUUGCCUUGGAGUCCGAGUACUGGUUUGUCAC